AUUUUUGUUAUAUUUGAAAUGUGUAAAAACUGAAAACCAAACCACACCAAAGUAGAAACUAAGGAGGAAUCAUGCCUUUUAUGAAAGGGCCUUCUCCUAUAAGAAGAACCAUAAAAUACUUGGAAGCAGGUAAACUAGUGCUGAAAGAUCAAAUCAAAAUUAUGACCAUCAACUACAACAUAGCAGGAAAACCUCAUCAGGGCACAAAGGACUUUGUCUUUUGGUUCUUGCCCCGAGUUCAGUACAAGAAUCCACAUGUGCAGAUUGCCACCUUGAAGAAUAUGACACCAACUCCUUUUAUCAGGUGCUUUUAUGAAACUGGGGAUGAAAUGUUGAUAGAUACUUUUGAUAGAACGAAAGAAGAAAUACAUGAUCAUCUGAUAACUGUAGUAGGAAAAACAAAGAGUGUGUUGAAGGCAGAAGCAAUAGCUAAGGAGAAAAAGGACAACCCUGCCAACUUUGGAACUGGCUGUGAAAGACACUGUAUGUGUGAAAUUCCUGGACAAGUUCCCUGUCCUGGAACUUGUCCCUUGCCAAAGCAUUGGAGGGGUAAAUAUAAAUACAAGAAGGUAGAGGAAUAAUUAAUCUGUAGUGUAAGUUAGUGUUUCUUUCAAAAUAAAAAUGUACAAGGCCUUAUGAUUGAACAACUCUUUUGGUUUGAUCCAAAAAUCCAACAUGCAGAGAUACCUGAAAUAAAAGGAAUGGUUUUGAAGAUGAAUAUUUUUUUGUCUAAUAUACAAAAAAUAAUAUGAUUGAUAAUAAUAAAAAGUAUUAUUUAUGUGGAUCCUUGUAUACAUUUCCUGAAUAAACUGUGCAUUGUUUAUGAAAAUACAAUAUAUUGAAAAUCAUCUCUUGAAUACUUUUUUU